AAGUACCAAAACCCCUUGUCAAAAAUCAAACAAGAUAUCCCCUACAUAUUCACUCCCUUUUCCCCCCCUCUUCUCACAAAAUCUUCUCCUACUUUUUUCUUCAUCAGUCAGUCCACCACUUUCCUUCCUUCCUCUGCUCCAACCUUCCCCCUAACUUUCUCUCUCCUCAACAAUGUCCGACGGAGCUUUACAAGUUCUCGACGGCACUCACCUCCUCUCCGCCGACACUUCACUGCCGGAAGAUCUUUCCGGCGACAUCGCCGCCGAUCGUGUUCUUCAAAUCGCUGAGUCUAGAGCUUCCGACUGUCUUUACUCUCUCUCAUUGCCGGAGUUUCUCAAAUCAUCUGCUCUUAAACGACUUGAUUAUGAUGUUCGAGGUCAAGUGAUUGAUAGUGCAAAAGCUGAGCGUCUUCUACGUGAUUACAUCUCUGCGAUCGCCGAUGAAUUGCGAGAUGAACCAAUUGUAGUAUCAGUUCUGGAUGGAAACACCAUUCGUCUCUUUUUAGAGGAUGAAGAUGAUUUUGCUAUGUUGGCUGAGAAUCUGUUCACCGACUUAGAUGCAGAAGAUGAGGGGAAGCUAAGCAAGAGUGAAAUACGAAAUGCCUUAGUUAAUAUGGGAGUUGAGAUGGGUGUUCCUCCACUUUCAGAUUUUCCGAUGGCAAAUGACAUAUUGAAGAAACAUGGAGCUGAAGGAGAGGAAAAGUUAGGCCAAGCACAAUUUGCACAACUACUUCAGCCUAUUUUACAGGAAUUGGCAGAUGCUUUGGCUCUAGAACCUGUCACUGUCGUACAAAAUGUCAAGAUAACUAAUGGUUCUAAGCUAAGAAAGCUCUUGGCCGACAAGAACCAAUUAGGUGAUGUAACAGAGAAUAUGUAUCAGCAAACCAGUGAUUGUCAGAAAGAGCAAGGUUGUGCAGAAGUUAUUAGGAGUUACCUCGAGAAGAACGGGAAUGAGUUAGGAUUACCUCCUUUAGAAGCCAAUGAAACAGUUAUUCUUCUGUAUGAUGCAAUAUUUUCUGACAUAGAUAACAAAAUGAGAGCCAAGGAUGUGAAGAAAAAUGAACUUGGAGAUCUUGUGAGGCAGAUCCUCGAGAAAUUUGCAGCUGAGUUACAAGCCAAUCCUGUUUUCCAUGAUGUUGUCAAUUGAGUUGGAAAGCUAGGGAGCUUUAUGGUUUUAUGAUGUGUGCAUGUAUACUGGAUCUUUUGUAUCCCAUAUGGUUAAUAAGAUUGGAUCUCAUGUAUAGCGUAAUAUAUUAUUUUCCACUCCUAAUCUGGAAGAAUAUUUCAAGAAUUUCUGCAAGACUGCAGCAAAUUGAGUGAUUGGCCAAUCGGUCUCCCUAGUAGCUGCGAUUGUGUAUAUGGACAAAUGGACAAUACGGUGGCCUCUUAUCAAAGUAAAAGUUCUGCUUUAGUUUCAUUCGUAUUCGUAUGUGAUGGUACAUUUAAAUUGCACUCGCGCAUGCUCCUUCAAUAGACGUGAACAGGAUUGCUUCUCUCU